GGAACCGGUGCGCUCCCGCGGGAGGUCGGCGAGCAGAAGCCCCGCGCCGCGUCCGCGUCCGCGUCCGCGUCCAUGGCCGCCGCGCUGCUCGCCCGGGCCUGCGGCCUCAGCCGCGGAGCUCUGCGUCCUUGGGCCUGGCGUCGGUUACAUACUAUCUACCAGUCUGUGGAGCUGCCAGAGACACACCGGAUGCUGCGCCAGACGUGCCGGGAAUUUGCCGAGAAGGAGUUGGUUCCCAUUGCAGCCCAGCUGGACAAGGAACAUCGCUUCCCAGCGGCCCAGGUGAAGAAGAUGGGCGAGCUCGGGCUUCUGGCCAUGGAUGUGCCUGAGGAGUUCAGCGGCGCCGGCCUCGAUUACCUGGCCUAUGCCAUUGCCAUGGAGGAGAUCAGCCGGGGCUGUGCCUCGACAGGAGUCAUCAUGAGUGUCAACAACUCCCUCUACUUGGGGCCUAUCCUGAAGUUUGGCUCCAAGGCGCAGAAGCAACAGUGGAUCACCCCUUUUACUGGUGGUGACAGAAUUGGCUGCUUUGCGCUCAGUGAACCAGGGAAUGGCAGCGACGCGGGAGCCGCCUCCACCACUGCCCGAGCAGAGGGGGACUCGUGGGUCCUGAACGGCACCAAGGCCUGGAUCACCAAUGCCUGGGAGGCCUCCGCCGCCGUCGUCUUCGCCAGCACAGACAGAUCCUUGCAGAACAAGGGCAUCAGUGCCUUCCUGGUUCCCAUGCCGACGCCUGGGCUCACGCUGGGGAAGAAGGAAGACAAGCUGGGCAUCCGGGCCUCAUCCACGGCCAACCUCAUCUUUGAGGACUGUCGUAUCCCCAAGGACAGCUUGCUGGGGGAGCUGGGGAUGGGCUUCAAGAUAGCCAUGCAAACCCUGGACAUGGGGCGCAUUGGCGUCGCCUCCCAGGCCCUGGGCAUCUCCCAGGCCGCCCUCGAUUGUGCUGUGAACUACGCUGAGAAUCGCAGGGCCUUUGGGGCGCCCCUCACCAAGCUCCAGAGCAUCCAGUUCAAGUUGGCGGACAUGGCCCUGGCCCUGGAGAGCGCCCGGCUGCUGACCUGGCGUGCUGCCAUGCUGAAGGAUAAUAAGAAGCCUUUCACCAAGGAAGCGGCAAUGGCCAAGCUGGCCGCGUCGGAAGCUGCCACUGCCAUCACCCACCAGGCCAUCCAGAUCCUGGGAGGCAUGGGCUACGUGACAGAGAUGCCGGCCGAGCGCCACUACCGCGAUGCACGCAUCACCGAGAUCUAUGAAGGCACCAGCGAGAUCCAGAGGCUGGUGAUCGCCGGGCAACUGCUCAAGAGCUACCGGAGCUGAGCCGUGAUGCAGGGCCGAGGAGCGCCCUGUCGGGUGCCAGGCUGGCCUGAGGACCACGGGAAAGGGGUGCAGGAGCCGUGAGGCCUUAACCCUGACGCCUGGUCUGGGACCCUGGGGGGUGGACAGCUGGGGGCCAUGCCUCUUCUUGCCAGGACCACCC